GUUCCAGACACCUUCAGUCUCGGUUGCGUCCUCUGAGCCCGCAGCUCAGGCCUCCUCGAGUGCAUAAGGAUGUAUUUGGGAGAUGUCGAAGCUCUGAGCACGGCAGAAAUGGAGACCAGUUCCAUCUUGUGCUUUCGGUCUUGAAGCCUUGGCCCUCUCCAGUGACGAACAGCGGUGAAUGAUCCGAGGCUGUACGGUCUUGUGGCCAUGCCAUGAUGCAUGCCGACGCUUGCGCAGUUGCCAAGUUGUCACAGUUGGCUAUACGAGGUUCUCAACGUGACUGGAGCAGAUGGGGACUAAAAAACAUAGCGAACACAAAGCCAUAGACUGCAAUGUCUGACAAUUGAGUUCUAGCUAGAUGCGAUGUCUUCAACUCUAAUUGCAGAUGGCUGAAAAUCUCAGUCUUGGCGCUUCAAAAUUGUUGUGAAUUUGAUCCGCAAGAUCGACCGUCGUCGUCCGUGGUGUGCGGUCCCUCUUUUGUAUUGUGUGCGGUCUACGUCGUGCGAUGUGAAAGAAACACCGAAUGAACGCCUUACUGUAUGUAGCGCCCAUGGAUCAGUUCGGGAGAUUCUCGACCAACCAAGACAGAGGCGUCGCGCAACAAAUCACCGCCCGAAGCAUCGCCUGUCGCUUGGUUGAUGCCCGUCACCGUUACAUAAAGCGAGAUGUGAGCGCAGCUCAGUCCAGUAGCCCAGCACAAGAUGCACACCCCAGAAUCCCUCUCUUUGCACUUCCCAGAUUUCGUCCGCAUCUCAGGCGAGGUGCUCCAAGGAGUCGUCGACAUCGAUGUUCCGCUGGCAUUGGAGGACAAGAUUGAAGAUGUCAAAGUCAAAGUCCGCGGUUCCAUUCUCACGAAAUUUCUCGAACGUGAGACAGAGUGGAAAGGAGGAGAAGCCAGAGCUGAAAGCCACCUCAAGACCCAGACUCUCGAGGUUGUCCGGCUAGACCAAACACUCUGGGAUCAGUCCAACGCGAACGGAUCAGGGGUUCUGUCCUGUCCAUUCCAGUUCCAGCUGCCGCCGAAUCUACCGCCGUCCUUCCACUAUGACCACAAGAAUCGAACAGUGGCGAUCAGCUAUGCGAUCGAAGUCGUCGGCCACCGUCGUGGGCUACUACACAGCAACCGCCGCGUGCGCAAGAUUUUCUCCGUGCUUCCUGCAGGCAAUGCAUGGGAAAUCAACUCAGCGGCAACACUGAAACAGGGUUGGCAAGGCCCGUGGAAGCCUCUUGAGCUCACCAAGGAGAUCAGACACGGCAUUCUCUUCGGAGAGUACUCAGAGGCCACGAUCCAGUUCUUGCUCCCUGAGCUCAAUUCCUUACCCACGGGAGUGCCCAUCCCGUUUGCGUUCCACGUUUGGACGCGGACCAAGCCUGUCCACCACAAGGCGCUCGAGGAGAAGGGAGACAAACUGUUCCCGGCCCCGCCAACUUCACCCGCCGAUGUCGAGUUCACCCUCGCACUCAAGGGCCACCUGAGCGUCCAUGGGCAACGCGAACAUAUGGAGCAGGAUUAUGAGAUCAAAGGCAGCCUUGGAGACGAAGAAAGUGUCGACGCCAUACGCACAAUCCGAGACGAGCCGGAAUGGAUUCCUCUCCCGGAUCAUGACGACAAAGGGUCGUGGAAACGAGGCGUUCACUUCGAUGGGCGGUUCACGAUAACAAUGCCUCCGAGUUUCGCCGCUGCAACGGUGGAAUGGAACUACUUCCUCCGGGUGAAAUACGACUUCCCAGGGCCGGGCAACAUCCUGGAACUCGAGCUUCCACUCCAAAUCAACUCAGGUUUCGCCUGUCCUCCUCUGCCUAUGGCCCCAUGGGAGGCAGAUACUCCAUACACCUAUCCCCUUCCCGAGGGACCUCCACCGAUGAUGACCCUCCCGGCGCAAGUCCCGGCGUACUGGUCGGGAGAGCACCAGAACUGGAGCGAAGACGACUGAGGCGUAGAAACGGAAGAGAGUCUGCGAGGGUGGAUUAUAUUACACAAUUAUUACAAUCACGUCUGGGCAGUCUGAGCAGCGUUCAGGAAGAGGAUGCGAGAACGACGAACCUUAGAUAUUAAGAUGCAGAUGGUGAGUCCGGUGCUAUCAUUUAGAAUUUUGGGGAUUCGAUGGCGGUAAUGGUUCGCGCAAGGGAUGCUCUUCUCGAGCCUGCUGCAACAUGGGCUCGAUCCCCUUAGCCUUCACUGCAGCCUGUGAAACGGCUCAUAAGGAACCGACACGUCAUACACAUGAGUUGUACGGACCUGCAGGCAGGUUUGGUAUUCUGAAUAAACCUUGCCGCAUUUCGCAUGGAAUUCAUCGGCUUUGUGUUGAUAAUGGGCCGUGCGUUGCGCGUCCGUAGCCGACGACAAGACGGGCUCCAAAUAGCCUUCAAACCAGACGUUGAAGCAGUUGUCAUAUUCCUUCUUCAGAGGCGUGCACUCGGGUGCCAGACUGUCGGCCAUAAUAAUGAGAGGCAAGAGGUCAAGGAGAAACGGUCACGAGAUGAAAUAGGGACGCGACGGCUCGGCAUCCCAAAGAUGAUACGUAUACAGAUGACGGUGAUAAUAUUACACGAAUGCGUUCCACGCCUUUGGUACACCACACAUACAACAUCUGGAAUACAAUUAUGCAAAUUAGGACCCACUUCACAACCCAUAGCAUCACAUCGAGUGAGUGCUAUCGAGAGCCUCCCAUCCAGAAAUCAACUGGUGGUCGAGAGAAGAAGGUAUCUGGAGAUCCGUAGAAGUGACUGAGACAAGUCGAAGUGUCGGGUGGUAUUGGCUGGAAGGAACUCCCUCCCCAAAAGACGCUUUCGCAAACGGAUCGACGAUCUCUGGCAAGAGAGGAAAGCUGAUCGAAUCUGGAGUGGAUGGAGCACUGUCGUACAAAGGCGAAGCCAGACUUGGCUCGACGGCGAGAUGGCCUCCGGUUUUGAUAGGCGCUGGCAGACUGCGCUGGCGAGAAUAAGAAAAGGACCGCGCCCUGUGCAGAAGACUCUUGAGUCCUCGGCGCAGGACCCUGCCCGAGUGUGUCUGCGCGCCAUUGGAGCAAAUCGAGGCUUUCGACCGACUAGCAGCGGGGAGUUUGUAUGUGAAACCGAUGCCCUGGCCAAUCUGCUCCAAUCCGGCCGGGAGAUUGGGUACAGAAUCAGAGUUGGAGGGCGGUGAGCUGAGAACAGGUGAACUGAGGGGGCGCUUCAACUUGCGGAGCUUGUUGGUCGAUAGCACAGACGCUCGCUUCCCUGAAGCGGCCGAUAAGGGCUUGCGGAUUCGGCGAUGAAGGGCAGGGGAAGGUAAUGCUAGCCUCAGCGCAUCGCGGAACUCCAGAGAGUGCGAGCCCUGCUGCGGGACACUCGUCGAGCUCACUCGAAGUUCUUCGGCGUCAAGCCGGGCCCAGAACUGCUCCAUGCGUUCUCGAGGGCUGAGCUCACACAUUGUGGGCGAGGAAUGGCUGCUGGCUGGUGACGACCCGGCCGAAGACUGCUCUCGAACCAGCGAGUGAUCCAAGGGAGUGCAUUUGAAUAUCGUGGGCAGACUGUCAGGGCUCAGAAUCUGCAGGCCGAGGCUUCCUACCGCAGAGGCAGACCGAGACUCCUGCAUAGUACGUGGGCCGCGGACUCCACUGAGAGACGUUCUGCGGGCUUUGUUCCGAUUGUAGAUGUCGUCCAUCGAGCAGGUGCUACGGAGGAAAGGUCGCAGCAUUCGGCGGGGCUCUUCACACAGACUUUCUACACGCUUGAGACGAGGCUGGACAGGCACUGCCUUGAUGGCGGUGUGGACCGUGAACGAAUUGUCCAACGAAGUAUCGAAGUAAUUGGAAAAUCUGGAGUCCGGAGGGAGAGGAAAGUCCUGGCUUGUAGGUCGGACUUUGGGCGAGAGUGUUAAAUCUCGGCCAGGCGAUGCUGAAGGUACAUAAGAGAGCUGCGAAAAAUUGUACGAUCACUCACGGAUCCUUUUGGCACGAACAUCUUCCCAAUCCCUGUGUCGAUGGCAGUGAGCACCGAUUACUCCGACAAACAUGGAGCGUACGUGUUAAAAAAAUAUGAGUGAUCCCGUAUUUUCGUGAUCGACAAUCGAAAGAUAGGAUUCCGUU